GACAUCAAUCAGCUAACAACGCUCAAAAGUUAAAAAUCGUUAUUUCUCACGAACUCAAAAAACAAAAACUAACAAAAUGUACAAAUUGUUUGUCCUUGCUGCCCUCGUCGCUGUUGCCGCCGCUGCUCCAAGCCACUUGUAUGAGAGCCCAGUUACCAUCCACUCUGCUCCUCUGGUGCACACCUCAUAUGCCGCUGCCGCUCCCAUCAUCAAAUCCUAUGCUGCUGCUCCAGUUGUGCACAGUUAUGCUGCGCCCUUGGCCUAUGACGCUCACUACUCAUCCUGGUAAACGGACGAUGAAGGAGAAUCGAACUGGACAAAAGAUUUUGUACACUGAUUUUGUGAUAUAACGAUUAACUUAACUGUAUAGAAUAAUUAGAUAAUAACGUUGUUGACUUUUAGAUCAGCGAAUUGUUAAUAAAUUAUUUAAUUUAAAAAGUUA